CAUUGACAUUACAGCCGAUAAUUAUCUUCCUUCCACAUCUGAUUCUGACUACCGUGACGGCGGAAUUAAGUACCCGACGAUCGUCGCUAUGCACAACAAUUCAGGAAACAAUAUUGCGUCAAUUUUCCAUCAUGAUUCCUAUCAUCGAUCAUCUGAGACAAUCAUGAAAAAUGAGCAUAGAAAACUGCUAUCUCAAUCGCUAUCGAAUUCGCCCUUACAACGCCCCUUGACCCUUCGUCGAAAUGCUGUUUACAAGGAAAGCCGUAGCCGUCUGGCUUUCUCUUGCAUUUGAACGGGUUCUGACUGCACAGACACCUCUGUCGAGUCAUACGCCUUCAUCCUUUCACCCGGGGGUCGAAAGUGAUCUUGGACAAUGGCUCAUUGACGAAGGACCUGCGGUGAACACGACAGGUCAUCUGGUGUUUGAAACGGCCAAUUCCCUGCUUCAACACUGGGCAAAUACUCGUCAUCGCAUUGGUCAUACAAUAAUCCCAGGGACUAUUCCCGUAGGCACUCUCCUCUACCAUGGAGCUCUCACCGGUCCCCAUUUACCGACCGCCCUGGAUUGGGUGGCUGUGGAACCAGAACACUCGACAUUUUUCUGCAGAGGGACAAAUGAAACAGGGUGCUGGCUCCUCACCCUUGCAGUCACUCGGCCGAUGAAAGUGCUCUAUUUUGACGGAAACAGCGCUGCGAAACUCCCUGAGGGCACUAUGGACACCCAAGAUCUCGUGGCAUGGUCGGAAAUGAAACCCGAGAGGGUGUGGAAUGAAGAGCGGCGCAUAAAGGAUCUGUGUAAAUGGGGUCAGAAGUAUGGCGUGAACGGCUUUGUGAGGAUGGAAAUGAAUUUUGAAAUCAUGAUCUGCAACUUCACCUCUCACAUGGAGGUCGUCUCGUUCUUAAAACUCGAGAGCACUCGCAUCAGCGCCCACCCGCUGGAUCCGCCAGAGGACCCCAAUACUAUACGUCACGUUCUUGAAUUAAUGCAUUCUGCUUCAUGGCGCGAAAAUUAUCCAGGAGAAACCCGGAUCAUGCUUGAUUUUUCUGGGCUUGUCUCUUUCUACGACACCGCUCUUGUUCCCUCCUUGGUGCCGCGCCGUGUAGGCUUGGACCGGUGGGAUCACCGAGUGGCAGGAAUAUCACCGGAGGAUAUAGAGCGCGUCCAAGACAGGCUAGCUCAGGCGCUAGCACGACCACCCUCGACAACCAGCGGCAUUGACUGGAAAACGGUCUUGCGCUUGGUGGUCGAUCGAUAUGCCAGCCGCCUGGAGUUCAUACAGCACCUUUUGAACCUGACGUUGGACGAUGGGACGAUCUUUGACCACGCACAACAAAUUCAAAGACAGUUGCGCAACGUGCUUUUGCCCUACACUGUGUUUGCAGCUCUGCCUCCCAAUACCUCCGUCACCGCCAACGCGACAAAUUCGUGGGCUGCGCCAGUUUUUCGGGAAUGUGCUGCAUCGCACGCGGCCUCCAUAGCGUAUCGUGGAACAACACUGACGCCCUCCGAACAUCUACUCCUGCAGGCGGUGCGGGAAACUACGCAUGAAAUAUGUCGCGUCGUCACGAAGAUGUGGGCUUCCGGAAUGAAUUUUGGAGUCGACGCCUUUUAUCCUCCGGAACAACGUCCUGAAGUCCAUCACAUACAUACUCUCGUAGGCGAAUGGAAGGAGGACGUGACACAGUUAAUUUCCUGGUUGGACUGGAGCGUGUGGGCGAAGUGCCGACCGGCCUGUGGUUUCGAGGAGAUGUGCUAUUUGCCUACUUGGCCGUUUGGGUUUGUCCGGACUCCCGGCGCACCACUUCAAGCCCAAUGGGACAAUGGUUCCUUAUGGCCAGACCCAAACAAAGGGGAAUGGAAGCGACCACAACCCAAGUGCAUCAGACGGCGGGAGCCAUAUAGUUUUUAGGAUACAUG